UGGACCGUGUAAGUAAUGCGCCGUUUCCCUUCCGCUUUUCGUUCUAGAGUAUCUUCCUUAUCACGGCCUAAGCGACAGCCGAAAUACUUGAACUCGCCAUGUACGUACGGCCCGUUACCCGCGACGACAUUCCAGCGAUAGCAGCAAUCGGCAAUCGCUCCUUCCAAAAUGACGAGCUCCAUGUAUGGCUAUAUCCACACCGCCACACAUACCCAGACGACCUUCGCAGAUACCAAGUGUUGCGUAUCCGGUCACGAGCCGUUGGGAUACGGCAACUCGGAUUCGUUGUCGUAACUGAAGAAGGCGACGCUAAUUGGAGCGGGGCGGAGGAAGUCGUAGGGUUUGCAUACUAUUAUCGCUAUGGCGAUGACGAAGGGGCGCAGAAGUGGAUCAAUGAUUCGUGGUUCAAGAAGAUCGAGCGGUAUCUCCUGGACUGGGAACUCUGGUACGAGUCUAAAUUCUUGGAUCGAGCCUCAGAUCCGGAGCGCGUCAAACAGUACAUAGCUGCCGCACCCUGGGACCGCCUCAAGCCCCUCGAUCCGCGAUGGCACCUCUCUGUCCUCGGUGUCUCUCCACAGCAUCAACGCCGCGGGGUAGGCGGCAUGCUCGUCAAACACGGCCAGGAGAUUGCGGAGAAAGAGGGGUUGCCGUUCACGCUGGAGAGUAGUGUCGUAGGGAGGAAGCUGUACUUGAAGAUGGGGUUCAAGAUUGUAGAAGAGUGUGAGAUAUUCGAUGUGCUGGAUUUCGUCGCGAUGGUUUGGGAGCCGGAGGAGUCGAAGGGGAAGUGGUUGGAGGAUAUCGGGGAGGAGACGGCGAACGUUAGAGCCGCAAAGUAGCCCCCAUGAACUUAGAACGAUCCAGUAUUGGGAUUCGUAAGAUAUCUCAAUGCUGGAAUUUCCGCCGAGACGUAAUAUUAGAUGAGAAGGACAAGACGAAUGUCGUUCCACUCUCGGAUAAUUACGUCACGUGCUCUCGUGCUGUCGGCAAAACUGCGGCGAGAAGUUAGUG